AUGCAUCAAAUUGUCACUGACCUUCAGAUACAGUUUUCGUUCUUCACUGGUGCGUUUGCCCAUUUAGCAGCAGUAAAGCUAUUGGAAGGACUACAGAAAUAUGAUAUAGAUAAUGAGAGUGAAGUUGAUGAAAAUGAUAUUAAGUUUUUCAUAAGACAUGGUGUUGAGGGAAGCACUGAUGCCAAGGAUGAUAUAGGUCUCAGUGAGUCGGAUAAAACAGAUGCCAGAGUGAGAGCUUAUAAGAAAAUUGUAGAAUUGAGACACCUCCUGGAAAUUGCUGAGAGCAACUAUAAACACUUGGGAGGCAUAACAGAAGAAGAUCUAAAGCAGAAGAAAGAACAGCUUGAGUCUGAAAAGACUAUCAAAGAGCUGCAGGGCCACCUGGAGUAUGAACGACUACGCAGAGAAAAAUUAGAAUGUCAGCUGGAUGAGUAUCGAGCAGAGGUGGAUCAACUCAGGGAGAUGCUGGAAAAAACUCAGGUUCCCAACUUUGCGGCUGUGGAUGUGGAACCGGGUUGGGCUUUGAUAUGGUCUCUGCUGGGCUUCUCCCUGUCCUCUGACAUCCUAGCCUGUGAGCCUGUAAGAGUCCUUGGAGCAAUCUGA